AUGUAUUCAGACCUUUCAGGAUCCAGCUGGGUCAUGAUUACCCAACAUCUCCUUGAAACUGUUCAUGACUACACGCACCUGCCUUGCUGGGCCACAAUAGUCACAACCGUAUCUCUAAGGUUGACAAUCACAUUGCCUUUCGCUGCCUAUCAGCCCAUCAUCUACGCCAGGCUGGGAAACCUCAAACCCGAAAUGGACGCCAUUCUCAAGGAACUCAAGAAAGAAACUGACCGAGCAGUACUCGUGUAUAAAUGGGAUGCCAAAAAAGCCAAACUAGCUUUCCAUGUUUGUGCCAAGAAACAGUGGAAUCUGCUCGUUCAGAGGGACAAUUGCCACCAAUUCAAAGCCUCAGUCCUCCUCCGCUGCCAGAUUCCUCUCUGGGUUUGCAUGUCAGUAGCACUCAGAAACAUGCUCAUGAUGCUUCCUAUUCAGACCAUUGAUGCUCAGAUUCUCCACUUGUCUCUGAGCACUGGUGGAUUUGAUUUUGGAUCCCCAAUCUGACCGAAAUCUUGCCAGUCUUCAUGGCCCU